CAAUUACCUCCGCCAAUGGCCGAGAAUACGCCAAGUAGCCGGCCAGCGACUCCACUUAGCUCGGAGCCCAAUGACUUGUCUUCCCGUGAAGGCGAUCAUUCUGAUUCUGACUCUGCUUUUGUCGAUUCUGCCUCCAGGCACACGGAAUCAGUUGCUAGUUCGGCCUAUGCAUACAGAUUUGCAAACGGUCGACGUUAUCACGCUUAUGAUGGCGAAGCCUAUCAAUUUCCCAAUGACGAGUCGGAACAAGACCGUCUAGACCUUCAGCACCAUAUCUUUCGCUUGUGUGCAGAUAACAGGCUUUACCUUGCGCCAAUACCAGCUGACUUGCACUCUGUCCUUGACGUUGGAACAGGAACGGGCAUCUGGGCAAUAGAAUUUGCGGACGAGCACCCAAGCGCUACAGUAGUGGGAAUUGAUUUGAGUCCAAUUCAGCCAAAUAACGUUCCUGUCAACUGUAGCUUCCGAGUAGAUAACCUGGAGCUUGAUUGGAUACCGGAAGAAAAGUAUGACUUCAUACAUUCGCGCGCCAUGGUGGGAGCUAUCAAAGAUUGGCCAAGGUUUCUCGCUCAGUCUUUUGACCAUCUUAAACCAGGUGGAUAUAUCGAGCUUCAAGAUUUGACGUCGCCGGUUUGUUGCAAUGAUCCAACAGAGAGUAGCAAUAGCAUAAUGGUAAAGUACGGCAAUCAUGUGUUGGAUGCCGGACGUCGAAUCGGCCUAGAUUUCCAGGCUCCUUAUAAGUGGCGAGAGAUGCUGCAGGAGGCCGGAUUCGUUGACAUAAACAUUCGGUGGUUUAACUGGCCCAUCGGUCCCUGGGCAAAGGGUGUGAAGAAUAAGAUGAUUGGCCGAUAUCUUUAUGUCGACUUUCAUGAGGGGCUAGAGGUUGCUCGUCUGCUCUUCACGAAUGUGCUUGGAUGGAGCUCAAACGAUUUCGACAAUUUGAUCGCUCAAGUUCGCGCGGAAAUGGAAGAGCAGAAGAUUCACCUGUAUGAGCGAGUAUGUUUUUGUUAUGCAAGAAAACCUGGAGGUGCGCCAGCAGAGACGCCAAACGAUGAUUACCAGACUCAGGUCUGA